AUGGCUCAGGGAAAAUACUCCCGAGUUGAUGGAAAGAAGUCAUCAUGUUCCACAGCAACAAUCGUGGUUGUUUUCGGUGUUUGUUUAAUUGGUGUAUGGAUGUUCAUGUCAACAACCGUUGCCCCUGGUCAAAAUCCAGACUUGCCAGCUCAGCAUUCUAAAACAGAGUCAAAAGCCAAGGUGUCCACAAACCCUUCUCCCCUAUUUGAAGACAAUUCUGGUGAUUUACCUGAAGAUGAAAAGACUAGUAAUGAAGAGGAACCAUCAAAAAUCGAGGCUGAAAAUACAAAUGACGAAGAACCCACAUCAAGAAACGCGGAAUCUAACAAAGGAGAUGAUUCUAAUUCAAGUCAAAAUGACAAGUCAAAGUCAGAGGAUGAUCUUAAUAGCGAUACUAAUGAAACCCUAAAGUCAGAUUCUGAGGUUGAUAAACAAGAAACGAAACCAGAAAGCGAUAAAAAGACAGAAUCUUUCCCCGCUGCUGAUCAGUCUGAAAUUUUGAACGAAUCUCGAACUGAAAAUGGAGCUUUUUCAACACAAGCAGCUGAGUCAGCAAGUGAGAAAGAAUCAAGACAACCAGAUGUUUUGAAGAACCAAGAUGAAUACGAAUGGAAGACAUGUAAUGUGACCACAGGUCCAGAUUUUAUUCCAUGUCUUGACAAUUUCGGAGCCCUUAGAAAGAUUCGUACUACACUCCACUAUGAACACAGAGAACGCCAUUGUCCUGUUGAAUCCCCUACAUGCCUUGUCCCUCUUCCUCAAGGUUACAAGACCCCAAUCAGGUGGCCUAGAAGCCGAGACCAGAUAUGGUACAAUAAUGUUCCACGCACAAAGCUCGCUGAAGUCAAAGGGCAUCAAAAUUGGGUCAAAGUUACAGGAGAGUAUCUUUCUUUUCCAGGGGGUGGAACUCAGUUCAAGAAUGGUGCUCUUCAUUAUAUCGAUCAUAUCAAAAAAUCACUUCCGGAUAUCAAAUGGGGCAAAAGAACCCGUGUGAUUCUUGAUGUUGGAUGUGGAGUAGCAAGUUUUGGAGGAUAUCUUUUUGAGCGAGAUGUAAUCACAAUGUCUUUUGCUCCAAAAGAUGAGCAUGAAGCUCAAGUGCAAUUUGCUCUUGAGAGGGGUAUUCCUGCCAUUUCAGCAGUCAUGGGUACCCAAAGAUUGCCCUUUCCUAGUAAAAUCUUUGAUGCCAUUCAUUGUGCUCGUUGCAGAGUCCCAUGGCACAUUGAAGGUGGAAAACUUCUAUUGGAGCUCAACCGACUUUUACGACCUGGUGGUUAUUUUAUUUGGUCUGCUACCCCAGUUUACCAAAACAAUACAGAAGAUUCUGAAAUAUGGAAAGCUAUGUCUAAAUUAACAAAGGCUAUGUGUUGGGAGCUGGUGGUGAUUUAUAGUGACAAAUUAAACCAAGUUGGUGCAGCAAUAUACAAAAAGCCAACUUCUAAUGAAUGUUAUGACAACAGACAACAAAAUGAUCCACCUAUAUGUGAAACCAACGAUGAUCCAGAUGCAAUCUGGAAUGUAGAACUUGAAGCAUGCAUGCAUAAAGCCCCUGUUGAUGAAUCAAUUAGAGGAACAAAGUGGCCAAAAACAUGGCCUCAGAGGUUGGAAUCACCACCUUAUUGGUUAAAAGCCACAGAAUCUGGAGUUUAUGGAAAACCAGCUCCUGAAGACUUCACUGCUGACUAUGAACACUGGAAACGUGUUGUGUCAAAGUCAUAUUUGAAUGGUUUAGGAAUUGAUUGGUCUUGUGUUAGAAAUAUCAUGGACAUGAGAUCCAUCUAUGGAGGAUUUGCUGCUGCAUUGAAAGAUUUAAACGUAUGGGUGAUGAAUGUGGUCCCACUUGAUUCACCAGAUACACUUCCAAUUAUAUAUGAACGUGGACUCUUUGGGAUAUAUCAUAACUGGUGUGAAUCAUUCAGCACUUACCCACGUUCAUAUGAUCUUCUUCAUGCUGAUCAUCUUUUCUCAGAUCUUAAAAAAAGGUGCAAGUUAGCAUCUGUGAUUGCAGAAGUGGACAGGAUUUUAAGGCCAGAAGGAAAACUAAUUGUGCGUGACAAUGUGGAGACAAUUGCUGAGGUUGAAAAUAUGGCGAAGUCUCUUCAUUGGAAUGUUCGAAUGAGUUACAACAAGGAUAAUGAAGGGUUGUUGUGUGUUGAAAAAACAUUAUGGAGACCAACCGAGGUAGAAACUUUAGCUUAUGCCAUUCAAUAGAAUUCGUGAUUCUGGUUUCAGUUGUGCUAGAAUCUUUCAAAUUGAAUACUUACAGCUAAUUCCCUGUAUUUAUAUUGAUAUAAGAUGAAAGUCAUCAAAAUACAAUCUAUGAAAAAGCUUACGAUUUCUAACAUGAGUUUCAUGACCAUAACAUUAUUCUAUGGAAGGAAAUCAUUAUGGGUGAUAGAUCUUUUUACUUGACA